AUGGCCAAGAGCUCCCGCUCAAGCACGAUCAAGGCAAACAACCGGCGCAAGGCUGCGUCCGUGUUUGGCCCCGCAGAGAUCGCCCGCAAUGAGCGUCUCUCGGCCAAGCUGCUCGAGCUGGCAAAGCAGCCCAAGCCUGAGACUUCAGACGUGAACAUGGAUGCGGCUGAGGAAGAUGCUGCUGCUGAGGAGAACGCCGACGCAGACGGUGCCGACGAUGCAGCGAUGGACGUCGAUUCCAAAAAGACAUCCAAGGCGCGCAUUGACAAGAAGCGCAUCGGCAAGAGAAAGGCGAAAAAGUCCAAGAUUGUGUUUCCCAAAUACAGCGACAGGGCAGGCAAGAAGAAGGGCGGCAAGUGA